AUGUCAUUCCGCAGAGCAUUCAAUGACAGUAGCCUCUUCAAUGCCCAAGCGUCUUACAGAUCCGCCAAAUGGGCAGUGGGUACGCUCCUUUUCUUCAAUGGCGGAGUGUUCGGAGCAUGGACAUAUGCACGCGGCAGUAGAGACACCGAACUCCUCAGACAACUAGAGGAGCAUGCAACUCUCUCGGAGCACAAUCUAGCCGCAGGCAGAUACUACACAUAUGUCACCAGCGCUUUCAGCCACAAGGAAUUACCACAUUUUGCAUUCAACAUGUUUGCCCUCUUCACAUACGGAGGUUUACUCGCCAGCGUACCCGGUAUCGGCGCACUACACAUCUACGGCCUAGCAAUAACAAGUUCUAUCGCCGCAUCAGCAGCGUUCAUCACGCAUCGACGCCGGAAGACUAAGCAGAGGGAAAAGAAGCGGGACCUACAAUCCAGAUUCUCUGGCAACGCAAUCAUCCGCGAAACGGGAUUGGGAGCGAGCGGAAUCGUCAUGGCCGCUGCAGCUGUCGCUACAUGUUUGAGACCUACGAUACAAGUGGUGAUCUUUCCCAUGCCUAUGCCUAUGCCAUUAUAUGUGGCGACUGGGUUGGUUGCGGCUGUGGAUGCGUAUAUGAUCGAUAAAGGUGAUAAGAUUGGACAUGAUGCGCAUUUGGGAGGGUUUGCAUGGGGAGCUGUUUAUUAUCUCUUGUUGCUGAGGAACAAGGGCGGGAUUUGGCGACUUCUGUCGAGGAGAUGA